GCAUCCCCUAUCAGGAGCUGAAUCCCUGAUUCAUUAUUGUAGGACCUGAAUGGCCUGAACUACCAUACUCUUACGUCUGAAAUUGAAUACAUAAGCAUUAUUAUAUUGUGUAAUCUAUUAACUCCCCAGAGGAAAUCUUGCAAAUCCAACGUUCAGUAACCUGCUAAACACCAAACUACUACCAAAUACAGGCUAAGUCGUUGCCUUUGCUGCUAAAUCCUAACCAGAAUCGAUGUCCACCGAAAUGGUAUUGUUCUUCCUCCUCCUACUCUUAUUUAUCAUCCAUUUCUCUCCGGCAGCAUGCCAAAUGCUACCUGCGUAUGCCCACAUCGAGGGCGAAUGGCAUCUCUUGCACAGAAGUAUUGGCAUAUCAGCCAUGCAUAUGCAACUCCUAAAAAACAACAAAGUUGUCAUUUUCGAUAGGACAGAUUUCGGCCCUUCCAACAUCUCUCUAUCUGGUAGACGCUGCCGGUUUGACCCAAAUGACCGGGUUCUGAAAAAGGACUGCACUGCGCACUCUAUUUUGUAUGAUAUCAGGACAAAUGGCUUUCGGACCUUAACAGUUCAGACUGACACUUGGUGCUCGUCUGGGGCACUCCUUCCGGAUGGGACUCUUGUCCAAACUGGGGGAUACAAUGAUGGUGAUCAUGUAAUACGCAUUCUGGUGCCGUGUAAUGGGGGAAACUGCGAUUGGGUUGAGUUCCCCCGCAGUCUUUCACGGCGCAGAUGGUAUGCUUCUAAUCAGAUACUCCCUGACGGCCGUGUAAUUAUAGUUGGUGGCAGAGCACAGUUUAACUAUGAGUUUUACCCUGGACAUUCACCUUCUUCCUCUAAGUCCUUUCGGCUCAAUUUUCUCCGAGAAACGAAAGAUGGACAUGAAAACAACUUGUAUCCAUUUCUCCACCUUUUACCAGAUGGAAACUUGUUCGUCUUCGCCAACACACGAUCCAUCGUAUUUAACUAUAAGCGGAACCAAAUCGUCAGGGAAUUCCCCGCCAUCCCUGGAGCUGAUCCCCGGAACUAUCCGAGUUCAGGCUCCUCUGUUUUACUCCCCAUAGACGAAAACGCUCCGGUCGUACCUGAAAUCAUGAUCUGUGGCGGAGCUACACGGAAUGCAUUCGAGCUUGCAAACCGGGGGGUCUUUCAGCGUGCCUGCUCCACCUGCGGUCGCCUAAAAAUCACAAAAGAAGAACCAGCCUGGAAAAUAGAAAACAUGCCAAUGCCACGAGUGAUGAGCGAUAUGCUAAUCCUCCCUGACGGGUAUGUGAUCAUAAUCAACGGAGCACGCUCAGGCACGGCAGGGUGGGAAUAUGCAAAAAAUCCCGUCACCAGGCCGCUGAUUUACAACCCAAACGGGAAAGCAGGUGUCCGAUUCUCAAUCAUGGCCGCUUCCUCCAGGCCGCGGCUCUACCAUUCCACUGCCGUUCUGCUAACCGAUGGACGAAUCCUGGUGGGAGGCAGCAAUCCCCAUAAGUAUUACAACUUCACAGGCGUUGAUUAUCCAACUGAUCUGAGCCUGGAAUCAUUCUCUCCCCCAUAUUUAUCUCCCGUGUAUGAUCGAUUGAGGCCAAGAAUAAUUAGAACUUAUGAGAUUAUUAGAUACAAGAACGCGUUUUCGUUGACUUUCACAGUGCAGAGAUUCGUGAAAACGAGCGCUGUUUCAGUUAGGAUAGUGGCUCCAUCAUUUAAUACACAUUCUUUCUCCAUGAAUCAGAGGAUGGUGGUGCUCAAGGGGGCUCGGGUUUCGCGUGUCGGACCCAAUGUUUACAGGGUUGCUGCAUCAGGGCCAUCUAAGCCUGAGAUUGCGCCUCCGGGAUAUUAUUUGUUGUUUCUUUUGCAUGCUGGUAUUCCGAGUUCUGGGAUGUGGGUUAAGAUUCAGUAAUAUGUUAGCUUAUAAGGUUGAUGAUACUGUCCUUCCUUUUACUAUAA